AUGGCGAGUGGCUCCUUCGCUCGCGACCAAGCGACAAGGAGACUGAGGGCUGCAGCAGCGGCAACGGCGGCGGCUCUCUCUGCGGUGGCGACCACCCCGCUCUCCUCGGGCACCCCUACCGCACUCAUUGGGACCGGGUCGUCUUGUCCGGGAGCCAUGUGGCCCUCCACGGCCACCAGCUCCCGGUCAGACUCGGAGUCCGAUGAGGAGGACCUCCCCGUCGGGGACGAGGUCUGCAAACGCGGCUACCUUCGGAAGCAGAAGCACGGCCACAGGCGCUACUUCGUGCUCAAACUCGAGACAGCCGACGCCCCGGCUCGGCUGGAAUACUAUGAAAACGCCAGGAAGUUCCGGCACAGUGUCCGCGCCGCGGCGGCGGCGGCGGCGGCUGCCUCUGGCGCCGCGGUCCCCGCGCUCAUCCCGCCGCGGCGUGUGAUCAUCCUGUAUCAGUGCUUCUCCGUGAGCCAGCGAGCCGACGCCAAAUACCGACACCUCAUCGCCCUCUUCACCCAGGACGAGUACUUCGCCAUGGUGGCCGAGAACGAGUCGGAGCAGGAGAGCUGGUACUUGCUGCUCAGCCGCCUCAUCCUCGAGAGUAAGCGCCGCCGCUGCGGCACGCCGGGCGCGCUGCCGGAUGGGGAGCCAGCCGGGCCGGCGGCUGCAGCGGCGGCGGCCGAGCCACCCUUCUACAAGGAUGUGUGGCAGGUAAUAGUCAAACCCAGGGGGCUGGGGCACAGAAAAGAGCUGAGCGGCGUGUUCCGGCUCUGUCUUACCGACGAAGAGGUGGUGUUCGUGAGGCUGAACACCGAAGUGGCCAGCGUGGUCGUCCAGCUCUUGAGCAUCCGUCGCUGCGGGCACUCGGAGCAGUAUUUCUUCUUGGAAGUCGGCAGAUCCACGGUCAUCGGCCCCGGGGAGCUCUGGAUGCAGGUCGAUGACUGUGUGGUGGCCCAAAACAUGCACGAGCUGUUUCUGGAGAAGAUGAGAGCCCUGUGUGCAGAUGAGUACCGAGCCCGCUGCCGCAGCUACAGCAUCAGCAUCGGCGCCCACCUGUUAACCCUGCUGUCCGCUAGGAGGCACCUGGACACGCUGCCACGCGAGCCCGGCGGCUGGCUGAGAAGGUCCCGCUUUGAGCAGUUUUACCACCUCAGGGCCAUUGGCGACGGGGAAGACAAGAUGCCCCUCACCAGGCGCUACCUGACACCCAGCGAACCCGUGCCCACCUCCAGGCGAGCAAGGCUGCACCUGCCUAGAGCGCGCAGGUCCAGGAGAGCGAUUUCAGCGCCUGCCGGCUAUUUUCGCCGCCUCCCAACCAGCCCGGUACGUGUCCCACAUCCUGCAGAAGUCCCGAACCACAGAGCUGGCCUGUCUCCUGAAGCCUCUGGAUCUGGCAACUCUGGGGAAGAAGACAGUCCCCAAGGCCAAGAGACUCAGGAAGGAAACGGAGGUGACUACAUGCCCAUGAACAGAUGGGGCUCAGGCAACGGCCGGGGUUCCGGAAGUGGCCAGGGCUCAAGUGGCCAAGGCUCCAGUAGCCAGGGUUCACGAGGUAGCCAGUGCUCCGGCGGGGGGCAGGGCUCCAGUGGUGGCCAGGGCUCCAGUGGUGGCCAGGGCUCCAGUGGUGGCCAGGGUGCAGGAGGAAACCAGCGGUCAGGAGAUGGCCAGGGCACUGCAGGUGGGCAAGGCUCGGGCAGUGGCCAGGGAGCCAGCGGCGGUGGACAUGGCUCUGGCGGUGGGCGGGCACCCGGAGAUGGCCAUGGCUCAGGCGGGGGUAAAAGCCAUGGAGGGGGCAAAGGCUCAGGAAGUGGGAAAACCUCGGAGGGCAAUGGUGAGCAUGGAAAAUCUCUGAAGAAAAGGUCCUACUUUGGCAAAUUAACUCAAAGCAAGCAGCACGUGCCACCCCCUCCACCUCCACCCCCACCAGCUGGAGCAACUGGUGGCAAAGGGAAGUCUGGGGGAAGGUUCCGACUUUACUUUUGCGCUGACAGGGGAACCCCAAAAGAACGCAAAGAGGCCAAGGAGGUCAAAGACUUAGAGACACUGGAAGGUAUAGCUCAGGGGCCCCACAGAGCCAGAGCUUUUGACGAAGAUGAGGAUGACCCUUACGUGCCAAUGAGGCCGGGGGUGGCUGCCCCUCUCCCAAGCUCCAGUGAUUAUAUGCCAAUGGCUCCUCAAAACUUCGCUCCUUCAAAAAUGCACCACUCUCGAUCACCUUUUGAAGAUUCAAGAGGGUACAUGAUGAUGUUUCCCAGAGUGAGCUCACCACCUGCCCCAAGUCCCCCGAAAGAGGCAGAUCCUGAAAAGGAGGAUGAGUCAAAGGACAAUGACAGUGAGAGUGACUAUAUGUUUAUGGCUCCUGGAGCUGGUGCAAUUCCAAAAAACCCCCCAAAUCCUCAGGGUGGCUCUUCCUCUAAAAACUGGAGCUCUUACGUUUCCCUGCCAAACCCUUUUCAGGGCUCCGCAUUGGGACAGAGUGACCACAGUGAGUAUGUACCAAUGUUACCUGGAAAGUUCCCAGGGAAGGGCCUAGACAAGGAAGCCUCAUCCAGCGGGGGCCCCAAAGAUGCAGUUUCAAAGCCUUCAGCUGAGGGGUCAUUCUCAAAGCGUGGAGAUGGGGCGUCACUGACAAAGCCUUCAGAUGAUGGCCCCCCCGAGAACAAGGCUAAGAGACCUAACAGCCUCUCUUUCAUCACAAGAGGAAAUAAAAUCAAGCCAAAAUCACAAAAACCCACUCGUGAGCAGAGAGGAGCUGACAGCUCUCACGACUACGUCAACAUUGACUUCACUAAGAGAGAGAGCAAUGUGCCUGCCCCCUUUAUUCACGGACUGCCAGGUUCGUGGGGCAUCAUUGCUGGCCCCAGACCCUCAGCCUUUUCUAACUAUGUGAACAUUGAGUUCGGACUGCCAUUUCCAAACCCAGCACACAGGCUCUCGAAUCUUUUAAGAGCCAUUCCAGGUGCCAACCCCCUUUAUCUGGAAGGUGCUAGGUGGCCACUUGUGCCUCUUCCUCCCAACACUGCAGGUGGCAGUGCGAAUGAGGAAGAGGGUGACUACAUUGAAGUGAUUUUCAAUCCAGCAAUGACACCGGCCUUGCCUUUUGGUGACAGGGCCAUUCGCUAUGAUGCCGAAACAGGUCGCAUCUAUGUGGUCGACCCAUUUUCAGAGUGCUGUAUGGACAUUUCGCUCUCCCCUGGCCGCUGUUCCGAGCCACCACCUGUAGCCAGGCUGCUGCAGGAAGAACAACAGCCAGAGCGAAGACGCCCGCAAAGCCGUUCGCAAAGUUUCUUUGGGUCGGCCAGGGCCGCGGUCUCGGCUUUCUCAACCGACAGCCUCGAGAGAGACCUCUCGAGCCCCUUGGCCGCGGCCGCUGCUGCUUCGGCAGCUGCACCCGCCUUAGCCUUGAGCCAGGCGUUUGCCGCCGCCUCUGCCCUCGUAGUGGCCCCGGGCAUCGGGGCAGCCGCCAGGGGCUUGGAGGCCGCCGCAGGCUUUAACUCCGCCUCCGCCCGCUGGUUCCAACCUGUUGCUGGCGCCGCGGCCGCUGCCGAAGCGGUCAGGGGAGCCCCAAACGUGGCCGGUGGCUCGAACCUGGGAGCCCCCAACCCAUCUGCAGACCCAGCUGGCGGUGAGAACGGGGCCGCAGCGGCCGCCCCCCGACCGCCGCCGCGCCGCCCGGUGCCGAGACCCCCGGGGCGAGAGGAUCCUUACGACGACGACGACGACGACGACGACGACGACAUCUACGUGAGAAUGGACUUUGCCAGACCUGACAACAAGAAGUUCGACUCUCCCCGCAGAGAGUGAUUUCAUUGCCACAAAAACACACUUUAGAAGACAAGUGAUGCUUAUGAAGUUUCAUCUUUGUCCACUCCAGAUCUGCCUAAAAGAAAGAAAAUUCAGAGGCUUCUGAAUAGAAAACAGCCUGAAUUUCUAGAAGCUGAAAAACGGAUGCUGGCAGGUGAAUGAUCCUAACAUAGAUCAUUCGUCCUGCUGCUUUAUGGAUCAAGUAAUUUUGAGUGGAGAAAUUCACUCUGUACUUUGUUUUUAUUUUCUGGUUCCCCCCCCCCCCCAAAUCUCUUUGAAAGGAAACAAAUAUUACAAAAGCAAGGCUCUCAUAACUCCUUUCUCCCUUUAAAAAAAUGUUGUUUACAUAUGUAUAAAUGUGGCCAACACCAAUUUCACUGAUGUUUAACACUUAGAUUUAGUUUUGAAGUUGAAAAUCCUUUACACAAGAGCAGAAAAAGAAAAAAAAAGUUACGUUCAUGAGAAGGUAGGUAUAAUCUGGAAUCUUUUUCUUCUGAGUACAUAAAACAUACAUAAUACAUUUCUUGAUCAAGGUAUUAAAUGUCAACUAGACUUGAUGGGACAUAUUCAGUAUCUUAAAGACAGGACCAAAGGACAGACUACCGCAGUUUUUCCUCAUUAACUGCAACAUUCUGUCCACAUUAAAUGUCAACUGAACUUCUAUCUUGAAUGAGCACUUUCAACAUUUUAAAGGCAGAUCAGAGGAACAGAUUAUUUGUUCAUAUUCUGCGAUGUUCUGCCUGCAAAUCAAUUGAGCAUUUCCAAACCAUUUUUUUUUUAUUUUGAAACCUACAUUUUCCCCUUUAAAGAAACAAAGUUAUUCAAAGUCUCCUCACAGAGCCCCUCUCUGCCUCUCUGGGCCUGCCCCCGCCAACCCCCCAUUCUCCCCCCCCCCCUCUGGCUCUCUGCUGGACACACACUUUCCCUCCCAUGCCCAGGGCUCCUAUUAAGAGAUCAGUUUCCCGUAUUCAAGAAAUUGCUGUUGUAUGCAUCAAUCAAUAUUCUGAAACUUAAGCCAAAAGGAACCUCUUAUAAGGCCUGUUUUCCUUAAGGAUAAUGAGCCUGUAUAAGAUGUAUCAAAUUAAAAAAUCAGAGCAAGCAUCCUCCUCCUGUUUUUGCUUGCCUCUGAUGGAAACUGAAUUAAGAUUUUAGGAACCUGGACCUUUGAGACAUGACACUAACAGGUGGUGAUCACAGAGGAUAGGUACAAAGGUCUUGAAGCUUGCUUAGAGCUUUGUUUCGUGGCGGCACACAAAUUAGAACUUGUGCCAUCACUGGCAAACCUCAUCGUAUCACAGAUGGGUGUGAGUGUCUGUGUAACUGUGAGUGCUAGUGUGUGUGCGUGCACACAUAUUUGUGUGUAUGUACACCUUUGUGUACCUGUGUUCACGUGAUUGUGGGUGUACCUAUUGUGGAAACUCUGUUAAAAAAAAAUUGCUUCGCAUUUAACGUGCAACUUUGAAGUAGUGUACUAUUUACCUGAAGUUUUUUGCCACUCGGUUUUGAUGUCUUUGAACGUGUACUUCUAUCUUCAAGCAGGCUUUCUAGUACAUGUUGCUAAACUAACUUUUCCGAAGAGCCGAGUUGACUUUUGUUGUUUUUCCUUGCCUACCAACCAAAGGGAUGGAGGGGGCUCUUUUUUUUUUUUCCCUCGUGAACGGGGUGGGGAGAGGAUGUAACCGCAGUCCUAGUCACUCCUUCAGUGCCUGGUGAUCGUGAGGGCAGUAGGUUUCGUCAGUUCCUUUAGACUCUUCUCUUUUCCCAACCUAAUCAAAUUGUGUGUUGUGGCUUUUGUUCAGUAUGGUAACAGUGCACUCUCUAGGCAGCCUUUCUUUUUUAAGCCUUCUGUCACCAUUUUUAUUUUCAACUAAGUUUUAAGUCACAAUCGUUCAGAAUUGUGGAAAGCAAAGAUGAUUUGGGGGAAAAUGCUCUGUUGCUUUAUUUGUAUAUUAGGUUCAGGGGGCUGCUGGCAGACAGGGUAGAGCAUUGAGUGUAACACUUACUGAAUAAAUAGAUGGGAAACCCCAUACACAAUAGUACCUACAAACAGUCACAGAUACAAGUAGUCACAGGUACGUAAAGUCACGGGUAGAGCAUAACAAAUAUGCAGUCUUUCUGACACUACUUCUUACUUUACAGACACAACUGGUUUAUUCAGUAUUGUGCUGGAAGAAUCCUUUUAGAAUAUGUGUGCCAGGAUAUCACUUACUUUCCAGCUACUGGUUUAUGCUGCUGUUAAGAAAAAAACAGUGAUGGAACGAUUAUUAUUAUUAUUAUUUAAUUUUAUUUUUGUUUUUUAUUUUAUUUUAUUUUUUCUUGGUUUUGUGACCUCUACAUUUAAUUUGGUAUCAGACACAGUCACUUGGUCAGUAAAAACUAAAACUUUACAGUUCCAGUGGUUCAUCACAUUUGCUCUUUCUGCUUCACAGAUCUGCUUUGAGUUGCUCUGGCUUUGUCUUCCUUUGUAAAUACUCUUGUUUCUUUGAAAACAUCUCAUUUGCUGUUUGGGGAGACAACCUUGCAACUUUGUAUAGUGUUUAUAUAUAUA